AUUUCCGGCAAUAAAUCCCGACGGGCCGCCGUCAGGUGCAGGCUGCGGGUUGUCAGUGCGCCAGGUGGAACCCGGACCGUCGGCGCGCCAGGAGAGCUAUGCCAUUUUUGGGCCAGGACUGGAGAUCUCCCGGAUGGAGCUGGAUUAAAACAGAAGACGGCUGGAAAAGAUGUGAACCCUGGAGUAAGGGACUUGAAGGAGAGAAUAACCGGUGUGGCGCCAGCCACGGCACUAUCUUAAAUAGUGAAGAUGAAGAAAUAUUCAAUAAUGAAGAGCAUGAAUAUGCAUCCAAAAAAAGGAAAAAGGACCAUUUUAGAAAUGACAAAAAUACUCAGUGUUUUUAUCGUGAAAAAUGGAUCUAUGUCCAUAAAGAAAGCACAAGAGAAAGACACGGCUACUGCACUUUGGGAGAAGCUUUUAACCGCUUAGACUUCUUCAGUGCCGUCCAGGAUGCCCGGAGGUUCACUUACGUGGCCAGACUAUUGCAGCUGAUCGCAAAGUCCCAGCUGACCUCGCUGAGCGGUGUGGCCCAGAAGAACUACUUCAACGUUCUGGAUAAAAUCGUUCAAAAAGUUCUCGAUGACCACCAAAACCCUCGCCUAAUCAAAGAUCUUCUCCAAGACCUAAGCUCUACUCUUUGCAUUCUCAUUAGAGGAGUGGGGAAGUCCGUUCUGGUGGGAAAUAUCAACAUUUGGGUUUGCCGGUUAGAAACUAUUCUCAACUGGCAACAACAGCUACAGAAUCUUCAGAUGACUGAGGUAUGCAUUUCUUGGCCUACAAUUUCAUCAAGAAAAAUGUUGACCCUGUUGACUAAACAGGUGGACAGCGGCCUGACGCUCAGCGACCUUCCCGUGCACAUGCUCAGCAACAUCCUGUACAGGCUCUCGGAUGGGUGGGACAUCGUCACUCUGGGUCAGGUGACCCCGACGCUGUCCGCGCUUAGCGAGGACCGGCGGCUGUGGAAGAAGCUCUGCCAGUACCACUUUGGCGAGAAGCAGUUUUGUAGACACUUGAUCCUUUCAGAAAAAGGUCAUAUCGAAUGGAAGUUGAUGUAUUUUGCGCUUCAGAAACAUUACCCCACUAAGGAACAGUAUGGAGACACGCUGCACUUUUGUCGGCACUGCAGCAUCCUCUUUUGGAAGGACUGCCGCCUUGCUUUAUUACUCGAGGACUCGGGCCACCCCUGCACGGCCACUGACCCCGACAGCUGCUUCACGCCCGUGUCCCCGCAGCACUUCAUCGACCUCUUCAAGUUCUAAGGGCCCUGCUGCGCUGUGGCCUGGGCAGCGUGGUAGGACGUGUCCUCCGUGACUGAGCCGUGACCUGGUGCCCAGGCUGGAGGGCGUGGAGAACUGCCCUGGCGCCUGCGGGCAGGAACACCUGUUGUUUCCACCUUUGAAGCGGGAUCGGGGAACCCAAGGAGAAUCAUUUCUACUUCCUUCUUUAAAAAAUUCUUUUCUUCUCCGCGCAUUAAAAUGGGCAACUUUGCAUGUUUGUGAAUGUGGUUCAAAGAGAGUAUUUUCAGCACCACAUUCUGUGCUGAACUGACACUAACAGCCAAGCAUACGCUUCUUAAUUGUCAAAUGAUAGUUUCCUGAUUUUGUAGUGAUUGGGGGCGGGGAUAGGUCAUUGAUCCUUGUAAGGACAUUGUGCAGACUAUUUAUUUUUCUUGAGAUGUAUUUUAACUGUAUUGGUCGUGUCCAUGUGAAUCCUCUUGGAUACAGAAGGAACCCAGGGAAGUAUGUGCAUGUCGUCUGAGUGCUCAGCGUUGGGUUGUGAAUUGUGCAGACAUCCGAGACCCACAGAGGCGUGAGUCUGGGGCUGUGGUCCUGGGCUCACGGCCCGAUGCUGGCAGGCAGGCACCCUGACCCGGGGGCCAGCCCAGUGUGACCUGCACUGUACUGCUCUGAAUCCCCUUUUGCAGGCAAAGUAAUAAAUCAUGUUUAUCUACCGAUUUUAACUUC